AUGAUUCAACAGUCAAUGCAGUUUGGUGGUUUGGCACAUGAAGAUCCCAACUUACAUAUUGCAAAUUUCCUGGAUAUUUGUGAUACUUUUAAGCACAAUGGAGUUUCUGAUGAAGCUAUAAGACUAAGAUUGUUCCCAUUUUCAUUAAGAGACAAAGCUAAGAGUUGGUUGACCUCAUUACCAACAGACUCGAUUACAACCUGGGAGCAAAUGACACAAAAAUUCAUGAGUAGGUAUUUUCCUCCUGCAAAGACUGCACAAUUGCGUAAUGAUAUUACUAUGUUUAUGCAGGUGGAUACAGAGUCACUAUACGAAGCAUGGGAAAGGUUCAAGGACAUGCUCCGGAGAUGUCCCCACCAUGAAUUACCGGUUUGGCUGCAAGUGCAGACAUUCUAUAAUGGUCUUAAUAGUGAAGUUCGAAAUAUGAUCAAUGAUGUUGCGAGUGGUACUUUAGGUAAGAAGACACCAGAACAAGCUUAUGAAUUGCUGGAGGAAAGGGCUUCAAACUCUUAUCAAUGGCCGAUAAAGAGGUUGCCUGUGAGAAGAACGUCGGGUGUUCAUAACAUAAAUGUUAUCACGGCUUUGGCAGCACAAAUGCAGGCAUUAAAUAAGAAGAUUGAUGGACUUCAAAUGCAAAAACCCGUAAUAGUUGCUUCUAUGUGUGAUUUUUGUGGCCAAGAUCACCCUAACCAUGAGUGUCAAUCAGGUAACAUGUUUGCUGUUAAUUCUAUGCCUAAUCAAGCUAACUAUGUUUCAAAUUUUCGCAAGCCUAAUAAUAAUCCAUACAAUGAAACAUAUAAUCUGGGGUGGAGGAAUCACCCAAAUUUCUAUUGGAGUAACAACAAUCAAGUGAAACCUCCAUUGCCAGGUUUUCAAUCUCAAGAGAAGAAAUCAAAUUUAAAGGAGAUGAUGGCGAAACAACAAGGGCAUUUAUCAAGUGACAUAGAAAAGAACCCGAAUGAGCAAUGUAAGGCCAUAACCUUGAGGGAUGGAAAGGUGGUUAGUGAAGAAGAAUCACAAAAGAAGGUGGAAAGUGAAGCGGAGUUACCAGUCUCUAUUGAAGAAAAGAAAGCGAAUUCAGAAAAUAAGACAGAGACUAAGGUAAAGGAAAUUGCAAAAGGUAAAGGAAAAGCAUUAGCACAGAUGUCUAGUUAUGCAAAGUUCUUAAAAGACAUCUUUUCUAACAAGCGGAAGAUCGAGGAGCAUGGGACAAUUAUGCUCACUGAAGAAUGCAGUGUCGUACUGCAAAAUAAAUUACCUCCUAAACUGAGAGAUCCAGAGAGUUUUACUAUACCUUGUGCAUUAGGAGAUUCAUUCUUUGAUAAAGCAUUGUGUGAUUUAAGUGCUAGUAUUAAUUUAAUGCCUUUAUCAAUUUUCAAGAAGCUAGAACUUGGAGAAGUAAAAGAGAUGACCAUGUCGCUCCAGCUUGCUGAUAGAUCAAUCAAACGACCUAAAGGCAUUGUUGAAGACAUUUUGUUAAAGGUCGACAAAUUUAUCUUUCUAGUGGACUUUGUAGUUCUUGAUAUGGAGGAGGACCAAGAGGUGCCUCUAAUUUUGGGACAUCCAUUUUUGGCGACAGCUCGUGCUUUAAUAGACGUACAACAAGGAAAAUUAAUUCUAAGACUAAAUGACGAAGAAAUAGUGUUUGAUGUCCAUAAAGCCAUGAAAAAUCCUACUACAUUUUAUAUUGAAUCUUGUUUUCACUCUGACAGUUUUGGUGAGAUUGUAGGUGAUCACAGAGAAGAAGUUUCGCAGAAGGACUCUUUAGAGAGAUGUCUAAUGGAGUCAAGCACAACAGAAGAUGAAGACCCGUGCUUCAGAGAAGAAGCUGAAGCGUUAGAGAAUGAAUCUCUUACUGAUAAUAAUAUGGAGCUAAAGGAGGAUUUGCAUAAAACACCUAAUGAGACUCCUAAACUUGAACUUAAACCCUUCCUUCACAUAAAGAUGCUUACCCCGUGA